AAAACAUCUGCUCCCCGUAUCGCCGUCUGCCCAUUGCCGCCUCCUCGCACACCCCCAGAUACCUCUCAUCUUACUCUCAACACCAUGUCGUACGCAGAGAUGGCUGCCAAGGGCCCCAAGCAGAGCCCCGAAGAGGUUCGUGCUCCCGCCCCGCCACAAGUCGAGCACACGCCUGAAGACAGUGUUCACUCGCUCGUCGACGUAGACAGCCCCCACAUUUCCUCUGUGCCCUCCGACUACGAGUCUCAAUCCGUCAAAACCGACACGCAAGCUGAGCGCAUAGCGCGCGAAGAGGAGGUUAAGAAAGAGGCCGAGCAACUGAAAGAACAGGCCGCUGCAAAGAAGGAAUCUGCAAAGGAAAAGGCCAAGAAGAAUGCUGAUCAUCCUGUUGUGAUUGGCAAUGCUGUUGGACUUGCUAUUAUUGGUGGUGUCGUCGGACUCGGCGCAUACAGACAGUAUGCGCGCGGCGAGUUGACCGGCAAGGUUGUCGCUGCCUGGGCCGCUGCAGUUGGACUGUUCGGCGUUGGCGAUUACUACGUCAGCCAAUACUUCUUCAAGCGCAACCCCCCGCAAUAAAUAUAGCUGUACCAUCUUCAUCUAGGAUCGCACACCAUUCCAUGGUGACCACGCUUCGUACGGCGGAUCUGACGAUUUCAUUCCAUCUAGCAUUUGAUGGCCUGGCCAGUCUUUAUCAAGCAUGUCAGUACUUUACAGCAAGCUAGGAGUUUUCGACUCGGGGUGGUCACGAAGGAAUGCUUCUCCAAUUCCACUCUUGUACAUACAAGCCAACGUUCAAUAUACCCUUUCUACCUCC